AUGAAACAACUAGUACGCUUUGUUAGAAACUAUUCACAUAAUCUGUCUCUAUUGAAGAGUUCUUUAGCAGAACUAUCGAAACAAACUAGAUCAGAGUCUAAUCAACCCACGGCACCAGUCAGAACAAGAUUUGCACCAUCACCAACUGGUUUUCUUCAUCUUGGAUCGUUAAGAACAGCUUUAUACAAUUACUUAUUAGCCAAAAGCACCGGCGGAACAUUUAUCUUACGAAUUGAAGAUACCGAUCGAACAAGGUUAGUCGAAGGAGCAGAGCAGAAUAUUUUUGACACACUUAAAUGGUGCAAAUUAAAGGUCGACGAAGGUCCACAAGAAGGAGGUGCGUUUGGUCCGUACCGACAGUCUGACAGAAAAGACAUCUAUAAGAAAUUUGCAGAUGAGUUGUUGGAUAAAGGAUUGGCUUAUAAAUGUUACUGCUCCAAAGAAAGAUUAAUAGACUUGCGUGAAUCAGCCCAGAAAUUGAAACCACCUACAAAUGUUACCUAUGACAGGAAAUGUCUUGGGGCUAAUCAGUCUGAAGAACUACCAUAUGUUAUCAGAUUUAAAUCACCAGAUAAAUAUCCACCAUUUAGGGAUCUUUUGCAUGGCCAACUCAACUUACAACCACAGUAUAAUGAAAAGGAUAGAAGAUACGACGAUUUUGUUAUUGUGAAAAACGAUGGUAUGCCGACAUAUCAUUUUGCUAAUGUUGUUGAUGAUCAUUUGAUGAAAAUCACCCAUGUUGUUCGAGGAGAGGAGUGGUUACCUUCUACACCAAAACAUAUCGCCAUGUAUCGUGCAUUCGACUGGGAACCACCACAAUACAUUCACAUUCCAUUACUUACUUCUUUGAAAGAUAAAAAAUUAUCAAAAAGAAGUGGUGACUUGAACAUUUUAAAAUUGAAAGAUGAAGGCAUUUUGCCAGAGGCAUUAAUCAAUUUUGUUGCUUUGUUUGGAUGGGCGCCAGUUCGAGAAAACGGAGAGAAAUUUAAUGAGUUUAUGAGUUUAGAUGAAAUAACCAAUUUAUUCUCAGUCGAUCAAUUAACCAAAGGGAAUGCUAAAGUCAAUGAUCUGAAAUUAUACCAUUUCAAUAAACUUCAUUUGACUAAGAAAUUAGAAGACCCAAAGGAGUUGGAUCAAAUUGUUGAAGCGUACUAUCCACAUUUCCAUGAAUUCAGCAGCCAGUCCAAAGAAUACUUGUAUAAAUUAUUGAAGUACAUUGGUCAUAAUAUUACUACUAUCAAUGAAAUUGAAUCAGAUCAUAUGUAUCUUUUUCAAGAGGUUGAUUAUUCCAAGGUUAAGGUACCAAAUGAUAAAACUAGGUACAUUAUAGAAUAUGCAUUAGCCAAUGGAUAUGAAGAGACAUUGACCAAUUUGAGUAAAAAUGGUGUUCCAAAAAAGAAUAUCUUUAUGAGUUUAAGGUUUGCUUUGAGUGGUGGUAAAUCAGGGUUGUCAAUUCCACAUUUUAUCGAUUUGAUGGGAGAACAAGAAUUUAGGAGAAGAUUAAACAAAGCAUUGGAUUCAUUGUAA